AACGACCGCCCCGAUAAGUUUAUUUUCCGGGUCAGAAUAAUGGCGUGUUGCUGACCAACAUCUCCAAAUAAUAGGAACCACAAACUGAAUCCAUUAUGGCGUCUCUAGAGGAGGACUUUCCCCGCGGAGGCACAACAAAGAAGACCACAGAGAGUAAGGUCCCGGUGGAGCGAAAUAAAGUGGACAACCUGUUUAAGUCAGAUGAACAAACUGCUACAAGGAAAAGAAAAGGAGGUGCCAAGAAUGAUGGCCUGAAAAAGCAAAAGACAGACGAGAAACAAGAUGGCCUGACACUAAACGCUGCUGGAAAAAUUGUGGAGAUUCUGCACAUAAAGAAUGUGAGAGUGGGGAUGCUGUUUCUAGGCUGUGUGAAGGAGGUGACUGACUUUGAGGUGACAGUCAGCCUACCUUGCGGCCUGCUGGGCUUCCUCAGCAUCAGGAAUGUGUGCGACUCCUACACCAAGCUGCUGAGCGAGCAGCUGGAUUCAGAAGUUGAUACUGAGGAUUUCUGCUCUUUGUCCCAAAUCUUCUGGCCGGGAAUGUUGCUCCGAUGUGUGGUUUCUAAGUUAGACAUCACUAAAGGAGGCUCGCUCAGCAUUCAGCUCUCGGUCAAUCCAAAGCUGGUCAACAAACACCUCACCAGCAGCUCUCUGAAGCCUGGAAUGGUCCUGAGUGGAUGUGUGGAGAGCAUUGAAGACCAUGGCACCCUAAUCGACAUCGGUGUCAGUGGAACCAAAGCUUUUCUGCCUGAGGAUGCUACAAUGAACAAACAGAAUAAAGAGCUGAAAGUGGGUCAGUAUUUGACUUCUCGGGUAGAGGAAGUAAAGAACGACGGUCGUGUCGUCAAGCUAUCCUCUGAUCCGUCCACGGUAGCUCGGGCCUGUGCUGACGCAAAGCAUGGCUGGAAUCUCACCAACCUCCUGCCGGGCCUCACGGUCAAAGCCACCAUCAAGAAGGUGACCAAACAUGGCUUCCACCUGGACUUCCUGUCCUCCUUUAGCGGUCAGGUGGACUUUCUUCACAUGGAGCCAAAGGAGUCGUCAAGCUAUGCAGAGGGGCUUCAGGUGCGAGCAUGUGUACUGUACAUUGAGCCGACCACCCGCCUUAUUGGACUGAGCCUGCGCAGCUACCUGCUACAGCCCGGCUCCGACAUUGACCUCGCACCUCCUGGCUCUCACCGAAUCGGUGAAGUGGUGAAAGAGUGCAAGGUGUCCAAGAUGCACCAUCUGUCAGGGGCCUUGUUGGAGCUGCCGGACAAAACCUCUGCCUUUGUCCAUAGGAACCACCUGAAGGAGUCCAAAGACCCAGCUAAUGACAACAAGAUGUCUACCAUGUCGGAGCUUACCUGCAGGAUCCUGGACUUCAGCCCCAUGGAUCAGAUUUAUUUUGCUAGUUUACGGAAAAGUGUGAUUGAUCAACAGUUCUACAAAUACCAGGAUAUUCACACUGGCCAAGUUGUAGAGGGGACUGUGUCAGUGCUGCUGGGUCAUGGGAUGGUGGUACAUUUGUCAGAACAUGUGAAAGGCCUGGUGCCUCGGACGCACCUUUCAGACAUCAUCCUGCAAAACCCAGAAAAAAAGUACAUGGAGGGAAUGAGGGUGAAAUGUCGGGUUCUGUCAGUAGAUGUGGAUAACAAGAAGCUGGUCCUGACCAGGAAGAAAGCUCUCGUCGAGAGCACCCUGCCGCUGUUCCUCAGCUACAAGGACACCCGUCCCGGCCGGGUGUCCCACGGCUACAUCGUCUCCAUCAAAGGCUUCGGCUGUAUUGUACGAUUCUAUAACGAUGUUAAAGGACUGGUUCCGCUCGGGGAGCUGAGCUCUGAACCCAUUUUCAGUCCUGAGGACAUCUUCUAUGUUGGACAGGUGUUGAAGACCAAAGUUCUUCAGUGUGAGCCAGAGAAGGAGAAGUUGUUGCUGUCAUUUAAAGCGGUGGCAGAAGGAGAGACGGAGGAGGCUACCAAAGCUCAGUUGGACUGUGAGGUGGGAAAGAGGCUGGAAGCAAAGGUGGUGAAGAAAACUGUGAACGGUCUGGAGAUCGCCGUCCUCCCAGAUGAGUUCCGCGCCGUGCUACCCACAGUGCACCUCUCUGAUCACACGUCCAACUGUGUGUUACUGUGGGAGAGUCUAAAGGAAGGAGACACCAUCUCAAACCUCGUCUGCUUUAACAAGAGCAAGCAGAAUAUUACGGUUACUAAGAAACCCAUAGUGAGAUGGUCGCUGGAGGAAGGAGCCGUCGCUAAAGAUUUCUCUGAGGUUACUGUUGGGAUGCAGCUGAUUGGCUGGAUCAAGAGCAUCAUGUCGUACGGUGUCUUCGUAGAGUUCCCCUAUGGUCUUGUUGGUCUUGCACCCAAAUCUGCCCUGUCGGAUAAGUUCAUCACCGACACAACGACCGCUUUCAAGCUAGGUCAGACGGUUAUUGCCAAGGUGACCAACCUGGAUGAGGAGAAGCGGCGGUUCCUGGUGACGCUGAAGGUGUCAGAAGUCAUCACACCUGACUGGGACGCCCAGAGCCGACUGCUGAAUGGCCUAAAGGAGAGAAGAGCUGUAAAGGAAAUGCUGGCUGUCAGAGAUAACAACGAACUUUGGCAGCAGUUGGCCGCUCUGUUUGUUGGGCAGAGGCUGAAACUGACGGUGGACUCUUCGAGUGAAAACGGAGCCCAGUUUAAAUCUGAUGACCUGCCGGGCGCCACCAUCCUAGCCAGCAAACACCAUGUGACAGGUGUUAGCCUGAGCCCUGGACAGAAAGUGAGCGCAGUUAUCCUCAACGUCGAUAUCCUGUCUGCUUGUGUCCAUGUUUCCGUCCUUCACAAGCUGCUUGGGAAAAAGAAAUCUCUGAAUGAAGGCUCAGAGUGCUCCGCCGUGGUUCAGUUUGUAGACCAGGACUUUGCUGUUGUCUCGCUGAAGGACGCAGCAGAGCUGACCCUGAUCCAAACCUGCAACCACCUCAACGAGGUCAUUCUGUCAGAGUCAGAGAGACUCAAGGUGGGCAUGACGUUGACGGUGCAAGUUGUGGAGCCCAGCUGCGAGGAGCUAGAAGGGCUCCCCCUGGUGCUGUGGAAGGGUAGGGCACCAAGACGGCAGCGCACAACAUCGGAAAACCAGGCGGACUCUGCGGGACACCGAUUUGGAAAAGUCCUGCAGGGCAAGGUGACGUCUGUGAAGCCCACGUGCAUUCAGGUCGCUCUGGAGGACGGAAGCACGGGCAGCGUCCACGUCUCACAGGUGGUGGAGCCCACUGAGAUCAGACAGGGGUCCUUCCCCACGUCCACCGUGAAAGUGGGCAGCGUGGUCAAAGCCAGGGUCAUUGGAGGACGGGAAGCCACCAAUAACAGAUUUCUUCCAUUUUCUCACCCUAAAUUCAAGUACACAGUUCCUGAGCUCACACUUAUACCCAGCCAGUUGGAUGAUGUAGAAUUUAAACCAGUUACAGCAAAGGACAAACUGGCCAGUUAUAAGGUUGGCGAUGAAAUCACAGCGUUUGUAUCAAAGUUCAGAUCAGACAAGAAGUGUCUGGAGAUCACCACCGACCCCUGCGUCACAGGGACCGUCGACCUUCUGUCCAUGAUCACAGAUCCUAAAGAUGCCAGCCACCCUGAAAAGCUGUACAAGCUGGGCCAGGUGGUCCGUGCUAAAGUGGUAGACGUGAGCGUGCGGCCUCAUCGCUUUGUGCUCUCACUCACAGGGAUCCAUAAACUGGAGAAAGGCAGCAUCACGUUAGGAAUGGUGACCAGCGUCCUGCCACAAGUCGGCCUCCUGGUCAAGCUUCCUUUCGGUGCUUCGGGUACCGUUUCUGUCACUGACCUCAGUGAUUCCUACAGACCAAAGCCACUGGAGACUUUCCACAAGGAUCAGUUCAUCAGGUGUUGUCUUCUAGAUGUGGAGAAAGGAAAGUGGCACUUGUCUCUCCGUCCAUCAAGGCUGAACCCGCAGAAGACCAAGUCGCCUAAGGACCCAGAAGUUCUGUCUGUGGACCAGCUACAGCACGGCCAGAUUGUCCGAGGAUAUGUGAAGUCUGUGUGUGAACAGGGCGUCUUUAUAAGGCUGUCACGCAGCAUCACAGGGAGAGCCCAGCUUCAGCAGUCCUCUCAAUACUUUGUCAACAACCACAGUAUCCUGUCUGAUCACCUGCCGGUCAACACCCUCCUCACCACUAAAAUCCUCAGUGUCGACAGGGAGGAUCAGUUGGUUGACCUCUCGCUUCUCCCUGCGGACACCGGGAAGCCAGAUGUGCUUCCAGAAUCUCUCGGCCUGCCGCUGCGUCUCGUCGGGGACGAAAAGAAACGCAACUCAAAAAAGACAAAGAAGCGGCUGCUUUCUGAAAGCAAACAGGAAACGGAACCCCAGAUCCCGAAGAAGAAGAAAAAGAAAUCAAAGACCGACGGCGAUGACAGUGGAGUUGAGGUUUACUUCAGAGAAGAGGAGGAGGAUGAUGAUAAAGAGGAUGUAAAGAACGAUGCUUCUAAAGUGGCUCCCAGCCCAGCAGGGCCAGCCAGGUUGCAGCUGGCAGCAGGGUUCUCUUGGGAUGAGGGGCUGAGCUCCCUAAGGCCUGCGUCACAACCAAAGGACGGGGACUCCAGUGACGGAGAAGAGCAGGAUGGAAACAAUAAGCCCCAGAAGAAGUCACGCCACGAGCUGGAACAGGAGAAGAAGUCUGCUGAGAAAGCCCUGUUACAACGAGAAGCAGAGCUGAUGGACCCAAACCUGCGGCCCCAGGAUGAGGCCUCCUUCGAGCGACUUCUUUUAGCCUCCCCCAACAGCUCCCUGCUGUGGCUCCAGUACAUGGCCCACCAUCUGCAGGCCACACAGAUCGAGCAGGCCCGAGCUGUGGCCGAGAGGGCCCUGAAAACCAUCUCCUUCAGGGAGGAGCAGGAGAAGCUGAACGUGUGGGUGGCCUUGCUAAACCUGGAGAACAUGUACGGGACAGAGGAGAGUCUGAAGAAAGUGUUUGAGCGAGCUGUGCAGUUCUGUGAGCCCAUGCCUGUGUACCAGCAGCUGGCCGAUAUCUACGCCCAGUCCAACAAAAUCCAGGAGGCAGAAGGCCUGUACAAGACGAUGGUGAAACGUUUCCGGCAGAAUAAAGCGGUGUGGUUAAGCUACGGGACUUUCCUGCUCCAGCAGGGCCAGAACGACGCUGCCAGUGCUCUCCUGCAGAGGGCGCUGAAAAGUCUUCCUCCCAAAGAAAGUGUUGAUAUCAUCACCAAGUUCGCUCAGCUGGAGUUCCGCUUCGGUGACGCAGAGAAAGGUCGUGUCAUGUUUGACAAAGUCCUGACGACCUAUCCAAAACGUACGGAUCUGUGGUCCGUUUUCAUCGACCUCAUGGUCAAAUAUGCAUCACAGAAGGAAGUGAGGGCCCUCUUUGAUCGGGUGAUCCACCUCAGCGUUUCGGUGAAAAAGAUCAAGUUUUUCUUCAAGCGCUACCUGGAGUAUGAGAAGAAGCACGGCACCCCACAGAGCAUCCAGGCAGUCAAAGAUAAGGCUAUGGAGUUCGUUGAAGCAAAAGGCAAAGAUGCUUCAAAUUGAAGAAACCAGGGAUCACCUCGGGUAGAACAGCUCCUAGAACCAACAUUAUUUUAGCUUUUGCUCCCUUCCCAUGGCGAUAUAUUGGACUGUCGAUGCCCGAAGGUUUGAUUCAGGUUCUGAGGCCCAACAGAUCUUUAUGAUACAUUUGAUGGACCUGCUUUUUAAACCAAAUUUUGUAAAAUAAACUAGAUAAUCAAG